AUUCUCAUCCGGAAAUUUCUAAUCAUGCAGAAGGCUCGGUAGAACAGCAGCAAUCAAAAGAACAAAAAGAAGCCGUGGAGCGAGAACAACAAGAUCCUUUAGAGUCACAGCAAAGGGAACAAGAAAUGGAAGAAGCGAAUUUAACUAAAGCAGCAUUGUAUUUAAGAAGAGGUCAUUUGCUUUUAACUUUAAUUGAUCAAGUUAAAUCGGUUAAUUUAAUUUUCAUGGAAAAUUUAUUGACAAAGAUUAAGGAAUUUUUAAAGGAAGAAAGGUCAGAUGGGAAGGAAAGUGAUGGCAGUGGUGUUGGGUUAAGCGCUUUACAAAAAGUUUUAUUUGAUGUACUUAGUAACGAAUUAGAUUAUACUAAAAAGGAAUUCGGGGUUAAGUGGUGGUUAAGUGAAGGAA